GUUGGUUGAAGAAGAAGAGCUAUGCACUGCAAAAGUACUUAUUGCAGUCAUGCAUUUUUAGUAUCACAAAUCUAGUUGCUAAGGCAAAUCCGCAUUACAAUUGCCUUUGUAAUGCUGAGUCAAUUUGUAAUGCAAUUUACGCUAGGACUAGUUGUGCGAUAGUACAACUUUUGCAAUGCAUGAGAGCGCGACGACGAGGUGGUGUACUACGGAUUGGGCGUCACCGCCCACGGCGCAUCCCAUUCCGCGUCCAGGAUAAGCAAGAGGGUGAGUACGAACUCGCGCAUGGGGAUAUGCAUUGGAACAUUGUCCGGGUCUGGAAAAUCGAAACUUGUGAUGCUGGUCUUACAUUCGUGUGAAAUCUGUGAUGUUGCAUGACCAACAAAAGUCGCGGCCUCUUUUGUUACUUAUACAAAAACGCAGGUCUUUGUCAUGCGGGCUGCGUAUGAGCAAGCGUUCCGCAGACUUGUCAUGCUUGGCUGCAUUCGGAAGCGUUCUCAUCAUCCACAUUUCAGCAUCACAAAUUUACAGACCCAGACAUAGUUGCAGUUGAUACGGGAGCUCCCGCGACGAUUCGAACUCCUCAAGCAGGAAAGUCUCGGGGACCGGGCAGGGAGGUACUUGUACGUAAAAGGCUUUCUGUUUCUUCUACAGAGGCAUUGUACUAAAAGGUUCUUUGACUUUGUCAUGCGUAGCAACAGUAAGUGAGAUACUAUGGCUACGCAAAGAGAAAGACCUAGUGCUGCAGCUUCUCAGGCUAUAAAAGUCUCGUCCCACAUGAACAUGAUGAACAUGUUAAUGUUUGUGACAGAGAAACCGAACCCGAUCUUUUAUUUUAUCAGAAACAAGUGCCGCGACGACCCGGAACUCAACGUCAAACGCACUUUAUGCAAUGCAAAUAUGAUGUCUGGGUCGGGAAGGUUCUAAACUUGUGGUGCAGUAGUUUCUGGAUUCUGAAAAAAUUUGUAUGGCAACAUGAUUAAUAGCAAGAGGCAGGACUCCAGUUUGUGCUAGGCGGAGAGGGCAUUUCUCAUGCUUUAGAGGCAUGGCGUUGGCGAAAGCCUCUAAAAAUCUGAUGUGAUGCUAGGGCAUGCAUCACAGACAUCAGGGGCCAUGCAAAAUGUGCUGGUAAUCUUCCGGACCCAGACAUAUUUGCAUUGCAUACAUUUUCCCCAAACAAGCCGGAGCGGUCCCCGGUUCCGAGCAAAAGCUCGCCGGCGAUGGUGCUGACGCCCAGAACGCAUAUGCAUGGCAAAAGUAUCGCACUCGUAUUCAUGAUCGCGGUCAUGCAUCACAAAAACAAAUCUCAAUCCCAAGGUAGAUCAGCAGGACAAAUUCCAUCUUUUAUGCUGAGCUAAUUUCCAAUGCGACUAGUACUACUAGUCCUAGUAGUGGGAUAUUACUUUUGCAAUGCAUAACGCAGCUGCUGCAGCAACAGGCACUUAAUACGGGUGACCAGAAUGCGUAUCAAAAUAUGGCAUUCUCAAACGUUACAUUCUCAACUGUUACAUGCGUUUGUGAUGCAAGAACAGCAACAGUGAAAUCGUCAAGCUUGCAACUCUCGCAUCACAAAUUUCGAACAGAUUUUAAUGCUGUUUAGCCCUUCCAGAAUUUGCCAUGCGAAGUAACCUUGGUCGUCUGGCGGCUUAUGGCACUUUUGCAUGACAAAUCAUGUAACAUUUGAGAAUGUAACAGUUGAGAACGCCAUACAAAACCUACCGAACACCGUGAACCAGCAGCCCAGCACCUCGGCGUCGCUAGCUGCGGGAGAAUAUGCAUUGCAAAAGGAUUUCUUCGUAUGAAGUAGGAACUGCAUGACAAAUGAAUUUGAUAAGAAAUCAAGUUUGUAGUGCUGAUUUCGCUACACGAAAGGAAUUUCUAUUGCAGUAAAGCAAAGGCAAUCUCUACGAUAGUACCUUUGCGCUGCAUACGGAACUAGUGCAUUCAACUUUGCUGCCGACCUCCUCCCAGCAAAUUGUCGCACCGGGAGGUACUAGUGCAUCAGCCGCAUCAGGAAUGGGCAAUAGCAAGACAAAUCCCGCUCACGCCUCCCAGUCUUCCAGUAAGGAAAGCGCGAGCGGACAGUCGAAGCUAUCCAGCAGCAUUGGCGGGAACAUCAACUCCCGACAGCAAUACAACCUGUUCGCGCCGAGCGGCGUUCUUGCAGGUGAAAGUGGCGGAGGUGCAGGAUCAUUAUUUAGCACUUCGUACACAAUGACUCCAACAGCAGCAGGGCUAAACCACGCAGGGGCAUCAACAGCUUCGGAUCUGAAUCUGGAACUGCUGCGCUUUUCUCCGGCGAAGUGUCACGAAAUCUGGUUGAAGGAAAACCAAGUAGCUCUCGCCACCGGUUGUACUAGUAGUUCCAGUGCCACGACAUUGGUGACUUCGGCUGGUGCAAUGUUGAAUAAAGCAACUGCAGUUGUCGCAGCAGGCGGAAAUGCAAGUGCAACAGCCGCUGCUGCGUCUUCAACUUCAUCCCAAACUACAGCACAAGAAGUGCGGCAGCUGCUGCAGCUACACAGCAGUAGUUCAAGUUGUAGCCAUUUGGCAAGUACUGGCACUGGUACUACUGGCGGCUCGAAGAUGAACACCACCAUUCUCACGCAACAGAAAAAGUCGUCGAGUAAACAGCAGCCGAAGCUGCUAAGCCAGGUGUUGCAAGAAGUGAAUAUCUCCUUUUCCGAGUGUCAACUGGUGCAGUGGGACGCCGUGUAUGCGGUGGCCGAUUUGCUGGAGAGUGAGAAUUAUCAAAUGUAAAAAUGUCGGUCUGGAAGAAUUCGAACUUGUGAUGCUGCAUUUGGAUUCUAAAAAAAUCUGUAUUGCAUGACCAGCAAAGGGAGUGCAAUUUUGGCUACGCGGCGAGGGCAUUUGUCAUGCGGAAUAGGGAUCACGAAGCCCUCAAAAAGUCUGUGAUGCUAGGGCAUGCAUCACAGACAUCGUGGCCUAUGCAAAACGUGCAUGACAACUUUCAGAAUCUUCCAGACCCAGACAUUUUUACAUUUGAUAAGAAUUUGAACUUUCUCGCAACCGACAAUCUGCGAACGUUUCUUUCCGGACAACAGCAAGCUGCGAGUCUCGCGCAGCACGAUACAGCAGCUUCAGCGAACCCAGGAGCACCGACCUACACCUUGGAAGACUUCUGUUCCUGGUACCACUCUCUUGCCGCGAAGCCGUACCAGCGCGUCGCGAAAUUUUGGCGGUUUUACCAGGAGAAACAGCAGGCAGGCGGGAACAACGUCGGCCUGAUCAAUAACAUCGGAGGAGGUGCGGGGACGAUCUUGCCGGGCGGGGCAGGUGGAGCGACGAACAGCAAUCUUCCUCUCGGCGGCGGGGGCAUGUUGAGCGGAGCUGGGGGCGUCGGCGGUUUUUUUUCCAGCGCUUUUGGCGGCGGCGGGGGAGGAGGGAAGGGAGGUGCAACUAUUACUACUACUACAUCGGGGCCAGCUGCAGCAGCAGCGGCAAGUACAAAUAUAACCACGACUACAACAACAGCUCCUCCAGCUCCAGGCGGGACCACCACCACCGCUGCUGCACCAAAGCCGCCAGCAACUCCCGCUGCUGCGCCAGUACCUGCGGCUGCUACUCCGAAGGCGGCCCCGCCGGCCCCUAGCAGUGCUGCGUCCUCCGCGAAUACAGUUGUUGCGCGGGAAGAAAACAAAAUCACAUCGGCAACAGCUCCUGUGGCACUUAUUUCUGCGGAAGAAGGGGACGAGCUACAUGAUGACAAGCAGCCGCCGUCCCUGGGCUUGCUGGCUGUGACGUCGACUAGUAGCGUCCGGGACACGGUGAUGGUAGAGGAUGACGAAGUUGGAACGAUGCAGUCGCCGGAAGCGAUGAACUUACGCAGUUCAAUAUCCCACAAAAACAUGUAUAAAGUGUUGCAGUUCUUUAGUACACAUUUUCUGUUUAAAUAAAAACUUCAGCAACGCAGACAGUCUCUGCAUGACCGAAAGAAAAGGGAUUUUUACAGGGAUGGCCACAUCUAUCAAUCCUGGGAAUAAAAGACGUAUGAAACUGGGUCACUGAAGAGCAUGAUGCCCGGUACUAGCAUGACAGAACUUGAUGUGUGUCUUGCUCCACUACUUGUGCAGUGCAAGACAGUGUGUACUACUCAAAAAAUGCAAGAACACUUGAAGCUUUUUGAUAUGAUACUGCGUCCUCGAGAAUUCAGACUCUUUCGGCGAGUCCGAAGCCGACGAGUAUGCAUUGCAAAAGCAUCGUACUAGUAUAAAUUGCAAUACAAAUUUGCGCAGCAUUACAAAUUGAAUUUGUGAUGCGGAUUUGCCUUUAGGAAAAGAUUUGUAAUGCAUAAAAGCAAUUAGUACGAGUGCGAUACUUUUGCACAGGAUAACGAGCACCUGCCAGUGAUCAACAAAGUGCCGUCCAGCUAUCAAAUGGAAAUAUGUCUGGGUCCGGAAGGAUGCAAGGUUUGCCAUGCACAUUUUGCAUGACCCCUGAUGUCUGUGAUGCAUGCCCUAGCAUCACAGAUUUUGUGAGGGCUUUCUGAUGCCUAUACCGCUUGAGAAAUGCCCUCUUGCCGUCGCAAAAACUGGAGCUUUUUUGCUGUUCAUGCAAUACAGAUUUUUGUAAAAUCCAAACGCAGCAUCACAAGUUGCAUCCUUCCAGACCCAGACACUUUUGCAUUUGAUACCAGCCGGGAUACCACGAUUCGGGAUUCCAUCGAGGGAUAGAAGAUUUAACGAGAAAGAUAAGUGAUGCGGAAAACGGUAGCCAUCGCCUGUUGGUAAUAGUACGCUACGUACAAAUUCGAAAAUGCAUAAUAUAUCUCGCAGAACGACAACACGAUUACAUCAGUAGACCACAAAAAAAAUCAUAGUCCACAGUAUCGCUCAAAGAAAAGGAAAAGGAAAAGUUGAGAGACCGUUUACUUUCGUCGAUAAUGUGCUCCAUUUUUUCAGUAAAGAACCUAUGAAGUGUUUAUGCUAGGAUAAGUGAUUCACGAAAACAAGCUCUCGAGCGGUGGAAAACUGCUCAAAAGAGAAACGUACUGGAAGCUCGUUGUGAAGAAAUAAACGUCCUUGCUUCAUUACAGGAAAAAAAAAAGUUUUUCAAGACGUUGCAGCUUUUACCCACGAAGACGAAUAAAAGCGGAAGCAAAUUCCUCACGAUUGGUGUCGAUUUAGUACUAGGUUUCGAAGCGUUUCACCGAUAGAACAUUAUGGCAUGAUAGCAAGAUGAUUAUUCCACUUUGGUGCACCGACCUGUACAAUGUGAUGAAAGAGAAACCAGUUUACUUUAUAUAUUUCCAUGAUUGCACCACACGAAAAGGAAAAAGUAAACCGAAAGCGAAGUGAGGAAACACACAUGGAAAAGGGGAGCCGAUACAAUACCUUUGUUUGAAUGAAGACAGAAAAAAAUAAUCGAUGAACCCCAAGGACCACCACGGGGC